GGGAUCGAUGUGAAUAUUGUAGUACAAACUGAUUGAGAAAGGUAACUGUUUAAUCCCACACAUUUAAGCAUAAGUUGUUUUGCAUAUCUAAGAUUUGAUGAAACCUAGUAGAACAUGCCUCUGAUUUUAGCUCGGUUGACUGUAGUUUAGGUCUAUUUUCAGAUAAAAAGCAUGUUCCCCCCUUUUUUUGUUCUGCCAUUACAAAAGUUUCUCAUAUAAUACCCUUGUUAGAUGGACAAUAUCGACCAUUUCAGAUCGUCGAGGUGGAAAGUAGUACAUACUAUCUGUGGUCCACAUUCAUUUUACAGUGAGUUGCAUUGCCCAUUUUGUGCCACUUUGAUAUUAAGCCUUUUUUCGGUCUGUACCACUAAGUAACAGGCUUGUGUUUUGCAUGUGUAGUAGCACGUAUAGUAAUAGGAGGAAAGGAUGUAAGAUCGAACUACGUAUCCAAACAUGAGAACCAAGUUAAACUUGUAGGUCACUUAAAAACAUGUGGUUUUCCUCUUAAGUGCGUGAAGAAGUGCAAAGCUAUAUCCUGGUUACCUUAAACACUCUCAUGCGUUAGUCAUAUUCAAUUAAUUUUAUUGUUGUGCUAUGGAGCUCUCCUUUUUCCCAUACAACUUGAGAACAUUGUCUUGGCAGUCGGAUACGGUACUAAAAUUUGUGUUAAUCCAGAAAUCGGGAGAAUGAACAACAGAAUACUAUCGGGAAGAGACACAGGAGCUUUGACCAGGGGCUAUGUGAAUAAACUAAGGAUUGCUGUGCCUGGAAAACCGGGGUUUAAAGCUUUUGUGAAUGCAACUUCUCAUAAUGUCAGUGGCUAUUGCAUUGAUAUCUUUGAGGCUGCUGCGAAGAAACUACCACAUGUUCUUCGUUAUGAGUUCGUUGUCGUUGAUGGUUCUUAUGAUGAACUAGUACGCAACGUGUGUUCGGGGAUCUACGAUGCAGUAGUGGGUGACAUAACUAUAACCGCAGAGCGAGCUGUUGACGUGGACUUCACGAUGCCAUACACCGAGUCAGGCGUGUCACUGCUUGUGCUCACCGAGAAUGACUCCAAGCCAGCAAUUGAAUGGGUGUUCCUAAAGCCAUUAACUACACAACUUUGGUUAGCACUUGUGGGGGGAUUCUUCUUCACUGGACUUGUUGUGUGGACGAUCGAGUUUCCCAGAAACCCGGAGUACCAAGGAUCGAGUUUGAGACAGUGCAGCACUGCUCUCUACUUUUCUUUCUCGACUUUGACAUUUUCUCAUGGUCAAAUUAUUAGAAGCCCCCUGUCAAAAAUUGUUGUGGUGAUAUGGUGCUUUGUUGUGCUGGUUAUAGUACAGAGCUACACAGCUAGCUUAUCAUCCAUUCUGACUGCAAAAAGGCUCCGGCCCUCAGUGACAGAUCUUGAGCAGCUCCUGUCAAAUGGUGAUUAUAUUGGAUACCAAUCUGGAUCACUUGUACAAUCUGUCUUGAAAAAACGAGGCUUCAAUGUUAAUAGGUUAAAUGCCUACACGAAUAAAACGGAAUAUGCUGAAGCCUUGAGAAAGGGGUCAAAGAAUGGAGGUGUCUCGGCUAUCGUUGAUGAGAUCCCUUAUAUAACCUCGUUUCUCUCUGACCCUAAGUACCAUAAUGAAUUCCAGAUGGUCAAUCGCAUAUACAAGACACCUGGACUUGGUUUCGUGUUUCCGAAAGAGUCUCAGCUGGUGCAUGAUCUUUCGGUUGCCAUCCUGGAGCUGACAUUUGGGGCUGAGGGCUCACAAAUUGAAGAGAAAUGGUUAGGCAAAGCGACACCAUUGCCGAGCUAUGGCAUGCCCAACACAGAUGCGACACCUCUCACUUUGCAAAGUUUCUCUGGUCUCUUCAUCAUCACUGUAUGUAUCUCAGCUCUCAUGCUGUUGAUAAGCAUUGCCAAGUCAGUUCAUGCCAAAUACACCGAAGUGAGGGAUUCUGAUAUGCAGAGUUCCGAGGGAGAUGGCGGAAGUGAAGGUCACGGAGGAUCUGGUCCGCUGCAGAACGGCACGGGCAAUAGGUCUAUGGCUAAUCAACCCCACCAUGAAGCCAGAAAUGUGAAUCCUCAGGGUGUCAAUGGGAUCGGAGAAAGUCCUGGUGAUGUAGAGCCCAAUGACUCUUUGCCCGAACACGCCAUCCUAAUCGAGAUGAACACUCGAUGAGAUGCCGACAACUGUUCUGCAUAGCGCGCAUCAGAAGAAACUAAAAAUACUUCCGUUCCAUCUUUUGCGGAUAUUCACCAAUGUCCUAAGGAAUGAAUGUAAGUAUGGGUGAUGGGCCCAAAUCAUAGCCUAGCUAGAAAUAGCAGUUUCAGUGACUGAUACCCAGAUUAAUUUAUUUUCUGAAUUUGAUGUUGUUGGUCUUAUUUUCGAAAGAGUGUAUAGAUGACCACUGACAGGCGAGUGCCAAGGAAAUCCUACUAUCUGCCCGAUUAUUCUGGGAAUUAACCACAUUUGUCUGAUUUAUAUCUUGCGACAGUAGGCACACACUGUAGCCCAGAGUUGUACAUGUUGAAAGAAAGUUGGUUCGCAUUUUUUGUUA